AUGUCGUCUGCAGAUGAUUCGGAUCACUGCUCUCAGGAGCACGACGACACCCCGCCCCUCGCACCAGAGAAGGACACGAGCGAAGAGGGCGCAGGAAACCCAACUGAGCCUUCAGAAAUGGAUGAUGAAGGCAGCGUGGACGAGGAUGGCGUCACCACACUUAUGGAGGCAGCUAAGAGGAACGACGUGGACGCGGUGAAGCGCUACAUCCAUUAUCAAGCAAGGAUGGUGGCGAGGUUUGUUACGGCAGGGAUGGUAGAGAUAUACGACGGGACGGCCCUGAUGGUCGCCGCAGUGCUUGGACACGUUGAGACGGUAAAGCUGCUGAUGAGGUGCGAAGGCGGUAUGAGGAGCAGCAACGACUUGACGGCCCUCAUGUGGGCAGCAGCAAACGGUCGCACCGAGGUAGUGAAGUUACUCCUGGAUGUUGAGGGAGGCAUGACGAAGGACAAAGACUUUACCGCCCUCACAGCUGCAGCAUACUUUGGUCGUCUAGAUUGUGUUAAGUUGCUACUAGAGAAGGAGAAGGACAUAGGCGGGGAGUCUGCUCUUUGUGUAGCUGAUAUGGAGGGUCAUUCCGAGGUGGUGUCCCUUCUUGAGAGUGAGGGUAUUGGACUGACGGAGCCCCGGCUACGGAUGCCGCCCAGAAAGUCCAUGAGUGAACGCGCCUAA